UUACAUCACGCCGACGGCUCGUGUUUAUUACCUGGACUGCAACAAGCAGCAGAGUAAAAAGCGAGCGCCGCGUGUCCCCCCGCCGUGUCCCCCGCCGUGUCCCCCGUCUCGUCCCCCGUCUCGCAGCCAUGUCUCUGGGGUGGCUGUCGGCGCUGCUCGCGGGCGUGUUCUCCGCGCACGUCCUCCAGACACUUUGCUUCCCGUACUUCUGGAGGGACCUGCUCUUCCUGCUGAAGGUGCUCAGGUACGGCGCGCGCCUCGAGCUGACCAAGCUGACCCGCAGCGCGCGCACGGUGCUGGACCGGUUCGUGCAGCAGGCGCGGCGCAUCCCCGACAAGCCGUUCGUCGUCUACGAAGGACGCGUGCACACGUACCGGGACGUGGAGCUGCGCAGCAACAGGCUCGCCAACGUGUUCCUGGACAGCGUGAAGUUGAGGAAAGGAGACUGCGUCGGCUUGCUCAUGAACAACGAGCCCGACUUCCUGUGCGCGUGGUUCGGGUUGGCGAAGGUCGGCUGCUCGGUGGCGUUCCUCAACACCAACAUCAGGUCCAAGUCUCUGCUGCACUGCUUCGACUGCUGCGGAGCCAAGACGCUGGUCGUGGGUUCAGAUUUAGUGGAAGGUCUGGACGGCGUCCUCGACGUCCUGCUGGAGGACAACAUUCAGGUGUGGGCCAUGGGGGGUCCGGGCGGGCACCCGCGGGUGCACACUCUGUUGGAUAAGUUGGACGCUGCCUCCGACCAGCCGGUAGCAGCGGCGCUACGUGCCGCCGCCUCCCUCAAAUCGCCCACCCUCUACAUCUUCACCUCCGGAACCACCGGGCUCCCUAAAGCUGCAGUGAUCACUCACCUCCAGAGCUUGAAGGCAGCAGCAGGGUUUUGGGCGUUUGGAGCUACUGAAGACGACGUGAUGUACAUCCCUCUACCGCUCUACCACAGCGCAGCCUCCUUGAUCGGCAUUGGAGGAACCAUAGAGCUGGGUGCGUCCUGCGUCUUGAAGAAGAAGUUCUCAGCCUCCCAGUUCUGGACUGACUGUAGAAAACACAACGUUACCGUUUUUCAGUAUAUCGGUGAACUCUGCAGAUACCUCUGCAACCAACCCAAGACAGCGGGGGAUCAGGUUCACAAGGUACGGAUGGGAGUCGGGAACGGACUGCGGCAGGACGUGUGGCGAGAGUUCCAAAGUCGCUUUGGAAACAUUAAGAUGUGCGAGGUGUACGGCUCCACGGAGGGAAACCUGUGUUUCAUGAACCACAUCGGCAAGAUUGGAACGGUGGGCCGCUCCAACUUCUUCUACAGGCUCCUGUUCAAGUACGAUCUGGUGAAGUACGACAUGGUGAAAGAUGAAGCAGUGAAAGAUCCCAACGGCUUCUGUCAGCGAGUGGAAAAGGGUGAGACGGGGCUCUUACUGUCCAAGGUGAGCGCCUUGAGUCCGUUCUUUGGCUACGCUGGAAGCAAGCAGCUGACCGAGAAGAAGCUGAUGAGAAACGUCUUCGGGAAGGGAGACGCCUACUUCAACACGGGCGACCUCAUGGCCGAGGACCGGGACGGCUUCAUCUGCUUCAAAGACCGAGUGGGGGACACCUUCAGGUGGAAGGGUGAGAACGUAGCAACGACGGAGGUGACGGAGACUCUCGGGCUGGUGGACUUCAUCCAGGAAGUCAACGUGUACGGAGUGGAAGUGCAAGGGCACGAGGGGAGGGCGGGGAUGGCCGCCGUGAUCCUCAGAGCGGGCAUGGCGUUCGACGGGGGGAAGCUGUUUGAGCACGUGACGAGGGACAUGCCGCCGUACGCCCGGCCGCUCUUCAUAAGGCUCCAGGACGUCAUGGAGAUGACGAGCACCUUCAAGCAGCAGAAGUUCCAGCUGGUGCACAGCGGCUUCAACCCCUCUACGACCUCUGACCCCCUCUACGUGUUGGACUACCAGCAGCAGAGCUACAUUCCGCUCACGGACGGAAUCUACCGGAGCAUCCAGGCCGGAGAGCGCAAGCUGUAGGAGCCUCAGCGCGGGGGCGGGGUCAGCGCCGCGCCCACAGAAGCCAGGUGGGGGCGCCGCGGCGUUCAGGGAAGUGCUUCCCGCCGGCUCAGCUAGUGGGCGCCAGAGGACCAGGAGCAGCGUGGAGCGGAACACGUCACUGUGACGCCACAACUCACCUUCAGCCCAACGGCGGUUCUGGAAACUCAGGAUUUGAUCAAAGCACUGCGAAAAAAAUCCCCCCAACGAAGAAGCUCUUAAUUCCUGAAGAGAAUCUGCGAGUUAUUUACGUAUUAAAGUGAAAUGCUUGACAGAUUUAUUUAUAAUUAUUUUUAUGGUUGCAAUUUUUGUUCCAUUAUGGAUCCCAGGUAGUUUCAGCUGCGAAAGAAUAAUUUAAUUAGGAUUAUUCUUCUUACUCAGAUAUGAGCUUGAUUAACGGAGAGAUUAAUAAUGACGAUUCUUUAAUGAACUGUACAGGAUUAAGAGGGUGAAUUGUCAUUUUAUCAUUGAUAGAAUCCAGUUAAAGUGCCUUCAUACUACAGUACUAAAGGUCACAUCAGUGGAUUUGAGGGAUACAUUUAAUGUUUGGUUUGUUCGCAGAAGUCUGAUACUUUGCUGACAAAUGGGAACACGAAUAUUCAUCCAGAGGCUUUUGUUUUUUACUGAUCUGACUUAUUUAGACGGUUUCCUUGUUCCGUUUACCAAUCACUACGAAGAAUGUGUGUUUAUUUAUGAAACAGAAGUAGUUGCAUAUUGAUUGAUGAUGAUUUUUAAUGUGAAGUGCCCGGACAUUCAGUCAUAUGAAGCGUUUGCUUUUAAUUCUGUGACAGUUCAAAUUACACCAUGUAUUUAUUCAUUCGAAUUUUAAUUCUUUCUUGCCUAUAUGUUGUUUUUUUGUAUGUGCUCUUAAAUGUAUUCAGACGUUCAGGUUGGGAAACCUUUCAGGGGGAAGCAGGUAUUUGAACCAUAAACCACGAUAAGCUUCAGCGGCUCUGCGAUGUUCUGCUCUCGUAUUCACAUGAUCGAUAUCAACUGCUGAUUCCAGAACAUCGAGUCCUGUGUCAUGUUUCAGUAAAUAAACACACAUAACAGUGACUGAA